AUGUUUGGGAUUCAGGAGACGAUACCGCGGGGCGGCACGACCAUGAAGGAGGAACCGCUCGGCGGGCUCAACUCGGUGCGCUCGUGGAUGCACACGGCCGGGGUCGUGGACGCCAACACGGCAGCGCAAAGUGGAGUCGGCCUGGCCCGGGCGCACUACGAGAAGCAGCCCCCGUCCAACCUCAGAAAGUCCAAUUUCUUCCACUUCGUGCUCGCCUUGUACGACAGGCAGGGGCAGCCUGUGGAAAUCGAGAGGACGGCUUUUGUCGACUUUGUGGAGAAAGAAAAAGAGCCAACCAGUGAAAAAACCAACAAUGGGAUACAUUACAAACUACAGUUAUUGUACAGUAACGGCGUCAGAACAGAACAGGAUCUUUACAUUCGGCUAAUCGAUUCCAUGACGAAGCAGGCCAUCGUUUACGAGGGCCAAGACAAGAAUCCGGAAAUGUGCAGAGUUCUUCUGACCCAUGAAAUCAUGUGCAGCCGAUGCUGCGACAAGAAAAGCUGCGGGAACAGGAACGAGACCCCGUCAGACCCGGUGAUCAUCGACAGAUUCUUCCUUAAGUUCUUCCUCAAGUGCAACCAGAACUGUCUGAAGAAUGCAGGGAACCCACGAGACAUGCGCAGAUUCCAGGUUGUCGUAUCGACGACCGUCAACGUGGACGGCCACGUAUUGGCCGUCUCCGACAACAUGUUCGUACACAACAAUUCCAAGCACGGGCGAAGGGCUCGCAGACUCGACCCUUCAGAAGGUACGCCUCCUUAUCUGGAGAAUGCAGCCACCCCGUGCAUCAAGGCUAUCAGCCCCAGCGAGGGAUGGACCACUGGAGGGGCCACUGUCAUCAUCAUAGGGGACAACUUCUUCGACGGCCUACAAGUGGUCUUCGGCACCAUGCUCGUAUGGAGUGAGCUGAUAACUCCCCACGCUAUCCGCGUCCAGACUCCGCCUCGGCACAUCCCCGGCGUGGUGGAAGUCACGCUGUCCUACAAGUCCAAGCAGUUCUGCAAAGGUGCACCCGGGAGAUUUGUGUACACUGCCCUCAACGAGCCCACCAUCGACUAUGGUUUCCAGAGGCUGCAGAAGGUCAUCCCCAGACACCCCGGCGACCCCGAAAGGUUACCAAAGGAGGUGUUACUGAAGAGGGCGGCUGACCUCGUCGAGGCCCUGUACGGGAUGCCCCACAACAAUCAGGAGAUCAUUCUGAAGAGGGCAGCUGACAUCGCCGAGGCCCUGUACAGCGUUCCCCGCAACCACAACCAGAUCCCCUCUCUCGCCAACACAGCCUCCCACGGCAUGAUGGGAGUCAACUCCUUCAGCAGCCAGCUAGCAGUCAACGUGUCUGAGUCACAAGGGAACGACCAAGUGGGCUACAGCCGGAACACCAGCAGCGUGUCCCCCCGGGGCUACAUCUCCAGCAGCACCCCACAACAGUCGAGCUACAACACCGUCAGCAACAGCAUGAACGGCUACGGCAAUGCCGGCAUGAACCUGGGAGUGCCAAGCUCCCCGGGGUUCCUCAACGGAUCCUCUGCCAACUCCCCAUAUGGAAUUAAACAAAAGAGCGCCUUCGCCCCUGUGGUCCGACCCCAGGCCUCCCCACCCCCCUCCUGCACCAGCGCCAACGGCAACGGACUGCAAGGUGAGCCCCCCUCACCCCCUCAUCCUUUCCCUACGGACUACUGGUCAGAUACUGCUGCUCAGGCCUCUGUCCGGUUUGCCAUGUCCGGCCUCGUCGUCCCACCGAUGUAAAUGCACUUUCAUCAUCUCAAGCACCAGUCUACCACUUUCACAGGACAC